AUGAUUAUACGUUCACAUCAAGUUAAAGAAAGAGGUUAUGAUUUUGAUCAUAAUGGAAAUAUUUUAACUAUUUUCAGUGCAUCAAAUUAUUGUGAUGGAUCCAAUUAUGGUGCUUUUGCACGAUGGGAUUAUAUGGCCGAUGGACCAGAAAUGACUUCGUAUACAUUACAAGAUAUGAGUCCAAAUGAACAAUUAAGUUUUAAUAAACAAGUAACAUUAUUUGAAGAUCCAGUUUAUCAAACAUUAAUGAAGAAAAUUGUAGGAAAGAAAAGUUUACUUAAAAAAGAAUUUGAAAAAGCAGAUAAAAAUCAAACUAAGCAUUUAUCGCCAACUAUUUGGUCUGAUAUAAUGGAAAAUAUUCUUCAAAUUGAUUUACCGUGGUUGACUCUACGUUCAAAAUUUGUAAGAGAAGAUGCACAAGGAGUUCUAUAUAAUACUACAAUUGAAGAUUAUGCGUUAGAUAAUACAAAAUUUCAAAAAACUCAUACGGGUAUUAUAGAAGAUCUCUAUAUGUGGAAAGAUACACUUAUGGCAUUAUUUAAUUUAAUCGAUUCUGACCAUUCGGGUUUUAUAAGUCGUGAUGAAUUUUCUGAUGUUCUUAAACUAAUAUUUUAUGGUAAAAAUGUUAACAAUGAUGUUAAUCAAACAUA